UUACCAGUUGUUUUCCAUUUAGCAAUCGAGCACCUAAUCAGAAGUUCAGUUUUUAGUAAAUAAAAUGACAUUCCGCUAUGUUUUCGUGAUCAGUGCCCUGAUUGUCCUGGCUCAAGGGUCGAAUUUGCCAUCUGUGGAGCACGAGUCGGUGGCUGGAGUCCAUCACUCUGGAGUGGUUUCGUCUGGAGCUCCAGUGGUGGGCGUUCCACGUGGCCAUUCGGUUGCUCCACAACCCCAACGUCCCGCCUCCGGUCAUGGAUCAAUUUCUGGUCCAGUUGGAGGAUCACGUCGAUUGAGCGGGGCUGGAGUUUCUGGAUCCCGUCUUCAUGGAGCUGUUCGACGUCCUUCUGCUGGAGCUCAUGGUCGUCCACUUGGAGGUGCAGCUGGCCACGGAAACGCUCACCAGAAUCGCAAUCGCAAGCCCUAUUAGGACUAACCAUACACCUUCAGUACACGAUAAAAUUUAUUACUACUUUAGCCUUUAUUGUACUUCUUUUAAAUGAUUUUCACUUACCCAUCUACUGCAAAUAAUAACAAUUGU